AUUCCAGGUAACCGAGCUCAGAGUUGGGCUAGUCUGGAGGAGCUGCAUGGUCAGGGGAAGCUGAGAGCCAUUGGAGUCUCCAACUACACACCAGCACACAUGAAAGCUCUGAUGCAAAGCUGUAAAGUCCCUCCUGCAGUCUUACAGGUGGAGUUUCACCCGCGGCUCUGCCAGCCUGAACUGAGGAGUCUGUGUAAGGAGUUUGGUGUCUGUUUUCAAGCGUACUCAUCUUUAGGGAAAGGAGAGCUGCUCACUGACCCGGUGAUCCUGGAGGUGGCAAAGAACUCCAAACGCACACCUGCACAGGUUUUGUUACGCUGGGCGGUACAGCAGGGCGUCCCGGUUCUUCCCAAAUCCUCAAAUCCAGAGCGAAUACUCCGGAACGCCGAGGUGUUCGACUUCGCCCUGAGCGACCCGGAUAUGGACCGGCUGUCGGCUCUGGACUGUGGUCAGAGGUUCUGCUGGGAUCCAUCGGAGGUGGCCUGAAACAGCAGCCGGGGGUGGAAACAGGAGAUCUGCCAUGACGUUUUAAAACCUCAACAGAGGGAAAAUGCAGACGGGAUAUUUGCUUCGUAGUCGAAUCUCAGUUUGCUGUUUAAACCAAGAAUCUACAGGAUUUCUACACAUUUUAACAUUUAAAGGUAAAAUUAUUUUUAAAAUGCUGCUGUUUGCACCUCUCAUCCACACAGAAACAGUUUUACUGUGAGAAAAACUGAGAUAUUUGCCAGUCGCCCACCAUCACUUCCUGAUUUCACAACAAAGCAACUUUUUUUUUUUUUUUUUUCAUAGCUACCUCACUUUGUUCUGACAUGAAAACUUCUAAUAUGUGUUGAAAACAUUGUGUGGUGAAAAUAAACAAAAGUCCAACUGUCAUUGUUACCAACAGCAGAACCAAUGGGUGUUCCUGUUUGUGGACCAAAGCUGAGCAAACAAAGGUUUCUGUUUUUGAAAAUAUCCUUAAUAGUUCAAGCUGAGGCCUUAAAUUUUGUUGUUUUUGGUUAUUUUCAUGCUAUCUUUAGUGUUAAGUGUGUCUUUAUUAAAUGUUUGGUGCUACAGUAUAAACUAUCUUCAGCAAUAAUUUCACUGUAUUUUGUUUUGAUUUUACAUGACUGACCAACACAAAGCAGUGCAUAUCUGAAGUGGAUGGAUAAUUAUACAUUUUCUUCACAGGUACACAUUUAUAAAAGUGCAUUUGUGUAACUCUGAUGUCUUCAGUAAAUUGUAACAAAGUCCCUUCAGAAGUUUUCUAAUUAAUAAACAGUCACCUGUGUGCAAUUUAACCUCAGCA